ACAAAACCCUCAUCCACACACGCCACACCAAACGCGAACCUUCACUUUCCAGCCAUACCAAAACAACCAUGUCGCGAUGGUGGCGCACCCUGAGAAUGGUGGCCCACAAUCCCAACUCACCGUUUUCACAAUCCACUUCAUCUUAUCACACUAUUCAAGCGGUACCCAGAGAGUGCACCGGCAGCCGUGUCGCGUCAAAGGACCGAGCCCAGGGUCGAAUCCCGGCAGUCGUUCUUGCGCCGAACCUGCUCGACAAAAGUUCUGAAAACAGACCACUUUCUCGGAAACAACUGUUAACCACUGAAACAAAACAAAUUCAAUCCAUUCUCAAGUCCGUGGAACUCCCUUUCUUUUACUCUACUACAUUCCCACUCCAGAUCCGAGCCGGGUCCGGGUCAUCAGUUUUGCUUGAUUCAGGAAAAGUACUCCCAAUUAAGGUUCAUAGGAAUGAAGAGACUGGGAAUAUAUUGAAUUUGGUGUUUGUGUGGGCUGAUGAUGGGACGAAGUUGAAGGUUGAUGUGCCAGUUGUUUUCAAAGGAGAAGAAAACUGCCCUGGUCUUAAGAAAGGUGGUUCUCUUAACAGGAUAAGAACUAGUUUAAAGUAUCUUUGCCCAGCUGAACUCAUUCCUCCAAAAAUUGAGGUGGAUGUCAGCAAUCUUGAUAUUGGAGAUAGAAUCUUCAUGGAUGACGUUGAGGUACAUCCAUCCUUGAAACUUUUGAGCAAGAAUGACGACAUGCCUGUAUGUAAGAUCGUGGCAACAAACUUGGAAAACCCAGAACCUGCAGUGGUGUAGGCACUGAAGGAUAAUUUUGGAUUGUACGUAUUUUGACCAGCAUUACUCAAAAUCAGAAGCAUUCGAAGAAUAAGUCUAUUGUUUUCCCUGGGCUUGAGGUUGUGCUAUGUUCCCUAGAUAAUCGGAAGCCGAUAAUCUUGUGUCUGUAACAUCCUUGAAUGGAGGCAUUGCAUGCUAUAUUUGUACCUUUAGAUUCUUUACGGUUUAGUUGCACAGUUAAAACAAUAGUUGGUGGCGGAUGGAAUUUUGUAGCAUUCCAACUAAGUGGUUGUUUCUUUCUCUUUUUGUCUUCUUAA